AUGCGCUUCCUUGCAGCUCUGGCAGCUCUCAUCCCAUUUGUUGCCGCCAGUGGUGGUGAUGUGGUUGGCCGUAUUCCCGACCAUGUCAACCAUGAAGCAUAUUGGCGAGAUGCCGGUAACAAAGCGGGCAAGUCCGUGUGCUUCGUGCCUCCGGAUGGCAAUGGAGGCGACGAUGCGCAUGCCAUCAUGCGUGCCUUAAAUCACGACUGCAGAAAACACAGCAUCGUUGUCUUCCCCGGGCCUGUCUACAAUAUCAAGAGCAACAUGACCACCCUCAAUAUGGAGGAUGUUUACAUUCAUCACUUUGGUCGCUUCCUCUGGAGCACUGACAUUGACUAUUGGCUGUCAGUGUCGAUGCCAGUAGGUUUUCAGAAUCAGAGCACAGUCUGGUAUUUUGGCGGUGACAAAAUUACCGUUGAUGGCCACGGGACAGGAACCCUCGACGGGAAUGGUCAGGUUUGGUACGACUGGGCUAAGGGUGAAGGAAACCUUCCACAUCGCCCGAUGAUGAUCAACUGGCGCAAUUUGACCAACUCGAAAGUUCUUGGCCUGCGUUUCGUGCAGAGUCAAAUGUGGACGAUGGCCGUCACCUACUCGAAGCGCCUCGAAUUCACAGACAUUUACGUCAACAACACAUCAACGAGCAAGUGGAGCACCCUGAAUACGGACGGUAUUGACACAAUUUACUCGGACGACAUCACCUUACGGAGGUGGCGCAUCAAGAGCGGCGACGACGGCGUCGCACUCAAGGGCAAUUCGAGCAAUAUCCGCGUGUUUGACACCGAAAUCUACGGCGGCCAGGGUCUUGCCAUCGGCUCGGUCGGACAAUACAAAGACCAAUACGAACACGUUACAAAUUUUCUGGCCAAGAACGUCACUCUCUACGACACGACCUACGCCAUCUAUCUGAAAACUUGGGGCGGCGACUCCAAGGGCUACCCCCCCAACGGAGGCGGCGGCGGCCUGGGACUGAUGUCGGGCAUCGUACUUGAAGACAUCAAGCUUGAAGGUGUACGCAAGUAUCCUCUUUUUGCGUGGCAGUGCGAAAACUACGAGGGUGGCCUCGGCAAGGACUGCCAGUCGUCGAAAUUCCAAAUGCACGACUUCACAGCCAGUUCUAUCAGCGGUUGGGGCACGCAGGACGUGGAUCAUGCUGGGUGGUUUCAGUGCAGUGCCGCAGCAGGAGGCUGCAGUAACUUUACCGUCUCCGACGUCCAUGUUACUCGGGGAAGAGGUGGUGACGAGCUCAAGUCGUGGCACUGCGAGAACAUGCACGACCACGUUGGUUUUGAGUGCACUGAUUGA